CAGGGCGGCGAGCAGGUGGAGGGCUGGCGGCGGGCUGCCAUGGCUCAGCCUCCGGGGCCAGAGCCCCAGCUCCCACCUCUGCCCUCCCGGCCGGCCCCCGAUGCCCGCCAGACUUUUGCCUCUGCCGGGGCUCCCGUCUGACCAGCGUUUCCUCCCUGUCCGGUUGGGAUUUGGGGGCCGAGCUGUCUGGGGUCCCAGGGCCAAUGCAGUGCCGGCUCCUGCGGGGCCUGGCUGGAGCCCUGCUCACCCUCCUGUGCAUGGGGCUCCUGUCCCUACGGUACCACAUAAGCCUGUCCCCCCAGAGGGUGCCGGAGACCCCAGAGCUGAGCCAGCCGAGCUCUGGGUCCCAGGAGCUGCAGCUGCAGGAUGUCUUCAUUGCCGUCAAGACGACCCGGGCCUUCCACCGCUUGCGCCUGGAGCUGCUGCUUGACACGUGGGUCUCCAGGACCAGGGAACAGACGUUCGUCUUCACCGACAGCCCAGACGAAGGCCUGCAGGAGAGACUGGGGUCCCACCUUGUGGUCACCAACUGCUCUGCGGAGCAUAGCCACCCAGCUCUGUCCUGCAAGAUGGCUGCGGAGUUCGAUACCUUCUUGGCCAGUGGGCUUAGGUGGUUCUGCCACGUGGACGAUGACAACUAUGUCAACCCGAGGGCACUGCUGCAGCUGCUGAAAGCCUUCCCGCCGACCCGCGACGUCUACGUGGGCCGGCCCAGCCUGAACCGGCCCAUCCACGCGGUGGAGCCCCAGCCCCGCAACCGCACGAGGCUGGUACAGUUCUGGUUCGCCACCGGGGGUGCCGGCUUCUGCAUCAACCGCAAACUGGCUUUGAAGAUGGCCCCGUGGGCCAGUGGCUCCCGUUUUGUGGACACGUCUGCUCUCAUCCGGCUGCCCGAUGACUGCACCGUGGGCUACAUCGUCGAGUGCAAGCUGGGCGGCCACCUGCAGCCCAGCCCCCUCUUCCACUCCCACCUGGAGACUCUGCAGCUGCUGAGAGCGGCCGAGCUCCCAGAGCAGGUCACCCUCAGCUACGGUGUCUUUGAGGGGAAACUCAACGUCAUUAAGCUCCAGGGCCCCUUCUCCCCUGAGGAGGACCCCUCCAGGUUUCGCUCCCUCCAUUGCCUUCUCUACCCAGACACACCCUGGUGUCCACAGCUGGCUGCCCGAUGAACCCUGAACUGCUGGGCCAAUGUUGGGCUGAGGCUUCUGACUCUUCCCCACCUCCUCAGGCAGCACUGAGGGCCCCUGCAAAGUGCCCUGUGGUAGGCAGUCCCCGCAGGGCCUCUGGGUGGUGGGCGAGCCCAGGAUCUGGGUGGUAGCUGGCACUGAAGGCAUCCCAGGCCCCCGGGAGGUGAGUCGAACAGCCCACGGGACCAGGUGGACCAGGGGAUGGUCAGAGGGAACUAAGCAAAGCCCAUAGGGCCGUUUCGGGGAAAGGUUUUGCAGCUCUAUACCCCAUCUUCCUGCUGUGAAUGUGGAUGUGAUGGCUGGAUCCCGGGCAGCCACCUUGCUGCUGUGAAGAAAAGCCAAGACAAUCAUCUAUAGCUAUCCCCUCCAGCAUCUGGUUCUGUAAGAAA